AUGCAAGAUGCAUAUAAAAUCUAUUUCCAAGAUGAAGGUGAAAGGUUUACUUUUGAGACUGCAUGGAGAUUAUUGAAAGAUGAAUCUAAAUGGCUCGCAUGUUCGUCAGAAGCUUCUACAAAAAGAACAAAAAAUUCAGCUUCAGGAGCAUAUUCUUCAUCUUCUAAUCCACAAAUGAGCAGCGAACACGACCCACCAUUAUCUAAUUUGUCUCGUCGUCAAAUCGGUCAAAAGGCAACCAAAAGGAAGGAGAAAGAAAAGCUUAUGGAAAUGUCUUCUACUCCCAAUGUCAAAUAUGAUUCUUUUAAAGAUGACUUUAAAAAAAUUGAUCUGAUGUCAAUGUUUGCACGGGACUAUGCACACAUUGAGGGUGAAAAAUUUGAGAUAGAGGGAAAAAAGGUUGAUGCAAAGAAUAAGAAGGUCGAGAGUGUUAAGGAGAGAUUAAAGAUGAAUGAUUUGCAAAUACUCUCAAAAGAUACAUCAUAUAUGGAUACAAGACUACUACAAGCUCAUGAAAUAUUGUGCGACAUGAUUAGAGAAAAAUAUGGACUUAAUUAG